AUGCCCGCCCGCGCCGUGGCCCUCCUAGCCACCGCGGCCCUCGCGCUAGCCGCUACCCCGUCUGACCCAUGCAUGGAGGAUGGCCGCCCGCGUCGGUGUAUCCCUGACUUCGUUAAUGCUGCCUUUGGAGCUCCUGUUGUUGCUUCUUCCAUCUGUGGAAGACGAGGCCCCGAGCGACUCUGUGACCCUCCCGGGGACCAGCCUCCCGAGAACUCAUGCAGAGUGUGUGACGCUGCCAGAUCUGACCGCCGACACCCGCCGACCCACCUCACUGACUUGAACAACCCUCACGACGUGACUUGUUGGAGAUCUGCUCCUAUCCCUCCGACCUCUUACGACUCACCCCCUGACAACGUAUCUCUUACCUUAUCUCUCGGCAAGAAAUAUGAGUUGACUUAUGUGAGUCUACAGUUCUGUCCGAAAGCAGCUCGACCUGACUCUGUAGCUAUCUACAAGAGUGCGGAUAAUGGCGUUACCUGGCAGCCCUUCCAGUUUUACUCCAGCCAAUGCAGGCGCGUUUAUGGAAGGCCUAACAAGGCUACCGUUACUGCUGCCAACGAGCAGGAAGCGAGGUGCUCCGACAGUCACAGGCUGACUGGUGAGAGCUCUGGAGGAGCUAGGCUGGCAUUCAGUACGCUUGAAGGACGCCCGAGCGCCGCUAACUUCGACAUAUCACCUGUACUUCAGGAUUGGGUCACAGCUACUGAUGUUAGAGUGGUUUUUAACCGUUUGCAUAUGGUUAACGAAGGAGAUGAAAUCGAUAACAAGAAGCAGGCAGCUCCGGGCAGUCAGCAUUACGCGGUAUCGGACUUCGCGGUCGGAGGUCGUUGCAAGUGCAAUGGUCACGCGUCUAGGUGUAUUCCGAUGAAAGGCACGGACGGGGCGGCUGCCGGAGGAGUGCAGCAGCUGACCUGUGACUGCAAGCACAACACGGCGGGCCGCGACUGCGAGCGCUGCAAGCCCUUCCACUUCGACAGGCCCUGGGGACGCGCCACCGCGCGGGAUGCCAACGAAUGCAAAGGGGUUAUAGUAUCAAUACAAGUGCGCGUGCGCCGGCGUCUCACAAAGUCUGAGAGCGACGUGUUGGGUCAGAGAUCAGGCGAGUGCAAAUAUAACGGAGGCUGGAAUACUGCCUGGAUAUCUUAG